CGCGCCAACAACCUGCCCGAAGAGCCAUGGACUCUUCCAAGCAAACUAAUUCGAGGCGCGAGCCGAAUCCGUUCAGCAAGGCCAACAUUAUCUCGAAGUGGCUGUUCCUAUGGAUGACCGGAGUGUUCCGCAAGGGCAGGCGGGAGCAGUUGGAUGCCAGCAAGCUGUAUGAGCACCUGCCCAGCUUCGACAGCGAGUCCUUGACCGAGGACCUCCAGCCUCAUUGGGACAAGGAGUCCAAAAAGAAGAAACCCAGUCUGAUGAACCUAAUCUUUCGCGUCUAUGGAUGGCAGUUUGUUCCCGUUUGUGUGUUGUAUUCCUUGUUGGAGAUGGCCAUACAUUCCUUUCAACCUUUACUCUUGGGAGGCCUGAUAUCCUACUUUGCCUAUGGACAGACCACAGUGACCAAGGAGAGUGCCUACCUGUACGCCAUGGGCAUUGUCCUGUGCUCUCUGGUGACCUCCUUGGUGUUCCACCCGUUCAUGUUCUAUGUCUUCGCGGUGGGCACCAGGGUGAGGUUGGCCUGCGCUGGCUUGGUGUACCGGAAGUGCCUGCGAGCCUCCGCCAGCAGCGGGGAAGGUCUGGGAGCACUGGCCAUAUCCGUGAUGUCCAUCGACCUCUCGCAGUUCGAUCUCACCUUUUACUUCUUCCACGAUCUCUGGAAGGGACCAGUGGAGGCGUGCAUUUUUGGCUACCUGAUGUACCGUCAGGUGGGCUGGACGAGUCUCAUCGGAAUCGCCUUCAUCAUCGUUUUGAUUCCCCUCCAAGCCUGGGCCGCCAAAGCAGCAGCUCAUUUCAGCUCCCAGUCCGCGAAGCAUCGCGACGAAAGGGUCAAGCUGAUGAACGAGAUCAUCACCGCCAUCCAGGUGAUUAAGAUGUAUGCAUGGGAGAAGUCCUUCGGCCUGUUGAUCGCCAAGGUGCGCCAGUCGGAGGUGAAGGCCAUCCGGGGAUCCAUGAGCAUCUAUGCGGCCUUGCAGUGCACGAGUAUGAUCUCCAAGAUCUCGCUUUUCCUCAGCCUGGUGUCCUAUGUGUACGUGGGCGAUGUGGUGACCUCCAAGAAGGUGUUUAUCCUCUCGUCGUACUACAGUUUACUCAAUGACUCCCUGCUGCACUAUUGGCCAAUGGCCAUCACCACUUGGGCCCAGACUCUGGUGAGUGCUCGCCGGGUGGUGGAGUUCCUGCUGCAGGUCGAGAAGCCAGAGGAGGAGGGCUGCUGCCGGGACAAUCCCGGCCUCCAACUGGACUCGGAGAAGCCCAAGCCGGCGGUGAGUGGGCGUCUGCAUUGCGUCAAGAGCGAGGUGAAGUCCUUGAGCUUCCGGAACGUGAGCGCCAGCUGGGACAAGCCGAGCAUCAAGCAUCCCCGAAAGCCGCACAUCAAUGGAAUCUCCUUUCAAAGCAAGUCCGAUGAGUUUGUCGGCAUUGUGGGCAACGUGGGCUCUGGCAAGAGCACCCUACUCCAUGCCAUUCUCGGCGAGAUCGAGCUGAUGCAGGGCCGUGUGGAGAUCCACGGCCGGAUAAGCUACGCCGCCCAGCAACCUUGGGUUUUCCAGGGAAGCAUUCGGGAGAACAUCCUGUUCGUGGAGCCCUACGAGGAGCAUCGCUACCGAGCCGUGAUUCAUGCCUGCCAGCUGGAGAGGGAUCUGGAGCUGCUGCCACGCGGAGAUGCCACCGUGGUGGGUGAGCGGGGAAUCAGUCUGAGUGGUGGCCAGAAGGCCAGGAUAGCCUUGGCCAGAGCCGUGUAUCGCCAAGCGGAUAUCUAUCUCUUCGACGAUCCCCUGGCAGCGGUGGACGCCCAAGUGGGUAAGCUUCUGAUGGACAAGUGCUUCCACCGCCUGCUGGCUGGCAAAAUGCGCAUCCUGGUCACCCACCAUGUGCAGCUUCUGAAGAGUGUGGAUCACCUGCUGCUCCUGGAGGGCGGAACCAUCACCCAGCAGGGCACCUACGAGAAGCUGAAGGAUGUUAUUACUCAUCACGCAGCCCUGGAUCUGGAGGCCAUCGAAGCCGACAAGCAGCAGGUGAAGCGGGUUCUCAGCCAGGUGGACAGGACCUCUAAGCUGAGCAAGGGAGAGGAGCAGAAGGAAGCCGUUGACGUAAGUGAAGACCCCAAUGCCGAGCAGCAGCUCCAGGGAGCCGUGAGCUACGACACCUACAACGCUUACUUCCGUGCCCUGGGGGCGCCUCUCCUGGUGUGGUUGGUUCUGUCCAUGUUCGUGUUUGCCCGCGGAUGCCAGGCUCUGAUGGACAUCUUCAUCUCCCGCUGGUCCACCUGGGAGGAGGAGCGCGGCUAUAAUUCCCUAGAUGAAUACGAGGCAACCAGGACAAGGAUGGUAAUCUAUUAUUCGGUGCUCCUGCUGUUUACCUUGGCGCUGUUCCUGCUCCGGACUUUCGGCUUCUUCUUCAUGUGCCUCCGCAUCUCAUUGAAGUUGCACGACCAGCUCUACCAUGGCAUCAUUCGUGCCUGGAUGUACUUCUUCAACGCCAAUCCCUCGGGCAGAGUCCUGAACCGUUUCUCCAGUGACAUUCAGAACGUGGACGUGACCUUGCCGCAGGCCAUGAUGGAUUCCCUUCAGUUCCUGGUGGAUGUGGUUGCAGUUUUGGUGAUCGUGGCCAUUGCCAACUACUGGCUCCUCAUCCCAGCUGCUGUCAUGGUGGUGCUACUCUACUUUUGCCGGGCUAUGUACAUUGGAGCCAGUCGAAGUCUGAAGAGGAUUGAGAGCUUGACGCGGAGUCCCAUUUACUCCCACACGAACCAGACCUUCCAUGGCCACACCACCAUCCGUUCCAUGGAUGCUGAGCCGCAGCUGGAGCAGACCUUCCAUGGCCACCAGAACACCAACUCCUCGGCCUUGUUCCUCUACGUGAGCGCCAAUCGGGCCUUUUCCUUUUGGACGGAUCUGAUCUGUGUGGUGUACAUCCUGGCGGUGACCUUCAGCUUCCUGGUGAUCGACCAGAGCUUCUACAGCGGUGACGUGGGUCUGGCCAUCACCCAGUCCAUGACCUUGGUGAUAAUGUGCCAGUGGGGCAUGCGCCAGACGGCGGAGAUGGAGAACAACAUGACCAGCGUGGAGCGGGUUCUGGAGUACGCCCAGAUGCCAUCGGAGCCGCCGCUGGAGAGUCCCAAGAGUGUCAAGCUGUCUGCGGACUGGCCACAAGCAGGGCAUCUUCGUUUCCGGGAUCUUCGCAUGCGUUACGCUCCAGGGGACGCGCUUAUUCUCAGGGGCUUGAAUUUCGAGUCCCAGCCAAUGGAGAAGAUUGGCAUUGUGGGUCGCACUGGUGCCGGCAAGUCCUCAAUCAUCCAGGCGCUUUUCCGCCUGGCUCUCAACGAAGGAACCAUCGAAAUCGAUGGCCAGGAUAUAGGCCAGCUGGGUCUGCAUGACCUGCGUAGCAGAAUCUCAAUUAUACCCCAGGACCCGGUGCUCUUUUCGGGAACCCUAAGGUUCAACCUGGAUCCCUUUUUCGAAAAGAGCGAUGAGUCCCUGUGGAGUGCUCUGGAGGAUGUGAAGCUGAAGAAGCAUGUGGCCAGUCUGGAGGGAGGGCUGUCGUGUCAUCUGCAGGACGGGGGCUCCAACUUCAGCAUGGGCCAGAGGCAACUGGUGUGCCUCGCCCGGGCCAUUCUGCGCCAGAAUCGGGUUCUGGUAAUGGACGAAGCCACUGCUAACGUGGACACAGAAACUGAUAUCCUGAUCCAGGAAACCAUUCAAACCAAGUUCGCCGAAUGCACAGUCCUCACCAUUGCUCACAGGCUGCACACGGUGAUGGACAACGACAGCGUCCUGGUGAUGGAUGCCGGGCGGAUCGUGGAGUUCGGAGCACCCCACACACUCCUGCAGCGCAAGGACGGUCUCCUGUCGAAGCUGGUCAACCAGAAUGACGCCGCCACCGUACAUUUCCUCAAGAAGAUAGCUGCUGAAAGUUUCAGGCGACGAAACGGAAGGGAUUCCGACUCGUCAUCCAACGAAAGCCUUGCGGAAUGAGGCACU